UCCACCAGUCACAUGGAGGUUAGCAGUGACCCGUUGCUCCCUCGGUUUUGUGGCAGUCAAUCUCUGGUGCGCCUUGGAGACAGAAGAGAGGCGAAACCGCGGAGAACUCCAUGGGCGCGUCGCUUUUUCUCUUUUUAGACUUAUUGCAUUUUAUUGUAUCUAUUCCUACGGGAAAUCUCUUCGGAAUCCACUGAAGACGCUGGUAAACGACACUCUGUUUAAUGGUUUAUUUUUAGUCACCCAGCGCAGCGAUGAGUGUCUGGAAGCCGGCCGUGAGACCGAUUGGUGCCGUGCGGUGAAGGGAAGCUCCGGCUUGGUGAUCAGCAAGAAUGAAGUCGAGAAGAGAUAAACUGAAGAUCCCCUCCCUGACGCUGGAUUUGUCGCCCACAUGCCAGAGCCCCACUCUCCUGAGCCCAUGCAGCCCCUGCAGCCCCUGCAGCCCCUUACAAACCCUUCAUCCCUGGAGCUGUCGCAGCAGCAACAGGAAGAGUCUCGGUGUCGGGACCCCGUCACCCACACUGUCCCGCCCGCUAUCCCCGCUCUCACUCCACACUGCUGCGAACAGCCCUCUAGACAGCCCUCGAACUGUGUCGACCAGUGCCUGCCUCAACUUCCCAUUUGCCCGAAGUCACUUGGCUCGCGCUGACAGAGCGGAGGGCCGGAGAUGGUCCCUGGCAUCCCUCCCCUCCUCUGGCUAUGGAACCAACCCGCCGAGCUCCACGGUCUCGUCCUCCUCGUCCUCCCAGGAGCGCCUUCACCAACUUCCCUACCAGCCGACUCAAGAUGAGCUGCACUUCCUAUUCAAACACUUCCGCAGCACAGACAGCAUGACCGACGAGGAUGGGCGGCCCUCAACCCUCAUACGACCUCGAUCUCGGAGUCUUAGCCCCGGGCGAUCAAGUGUCUCCUUUGAUAAUGAGAUUGUCAUGAUGAACCAUGUUUACAGAGAACGCUUUCCAAAGGCCACAGCCCAGAUGGAGGAGCGCUUGUUUGAGAUUAUCACCCACUGCUCCCCAGACAGCUCCCUCCCGCUGGCUGACGGGGUGCUGGGCUUCAUCCAGCACCAGUUGGUCGAGCUGGUUAGAGACUGUCUGGACAAGUCCCAGACAGGCCUGGUUACUUCCCGCUACUUUGCUGAGCUGCAGGAGAAGCUGGAAAAGCUGCUUCACGAGGCCUACGAGCGCUCUGAAAGCGAGGAGGUAACCGUCAUCAUCCAACUGGUGAGGAAGAUCCUCAUCAUCAUCUCACGGCCAGCCCGCCUCCUGGAGUGUCUGGAGUUUGACCCAGAAGAGUUUUAUCACUUACUUGAGGCAGCAGAGGGUCAUGCCAAAGUCGGCCAGGGAAUCAAGACGGACAUCCCGCGCUACAUCAUCAGCCAGCUGGGUCUGACGCGGGACCCGCUAGAAGAAAUGGUACAGCUUGAACAGUAUGAUGCCAGUCCUUCAGUGUCAGUAGAACCAGGUGCUAAUGUGGAGAAUAAGGCCCCACAGACGCUGACACCGACUCGAAGGAAACCUUUUGAGAGUGAUUUUGAAACAAUCAAACUCAUCAGUAAUGGAGCUUACGGUGCUGUGUAUCUGGUCCGUCACAAGGAGACCCGUCAACGGUUUGCCAUGAAAAAGAUAAAUCGUCAGAAUCUGGUCCUGAGGAACCAGAUCCAGCAGGCUUUUGUGGAGCGAGACAUCCUGACAUUUGCAGAGAACCCAUUUGUUGUCUCUAUGUUCUGCUCUUUUGAGACACGACGUCACCUCUGCAUGGUCAUGGAGUAUGUGGAAGGUGGAGAUUGUGCCAACUUGCUCAAGAACAUGGGCCCACUGCCUGUAGAAAUGACGAGGUUGUACUUUGCUGAAACGGUCCUGGCCUUGGAGUACCUCCACAACUAUGGUAUUGUGCAUCGGGAUCUCAAACCUGACAAUUUGUUGAUUACAUCCAUGGGCCACAUCAAGCUGACGGACUUUGGCCUGUCUAAAAUUGGCCUGAUGAACAUGACCACCAAUCUGUACGAGGGUCACAUGGAGAAAGACACAAGAGAGUUUAUAGACAAACAGGUGUGUGGCACUCCGGAGUACAUUGCCCCCGAGGUGAUCCUCAGGCAAGGCUAUGGGAAGCCAGUGGACUGGUGGGCGAUGGGGGUCAUCCUCUAUGAAUUCCUGGUCGGCUGCGUUCCAUUUUUUGGAGAUACCCCUGAAGAGCUUUUUGGACAAGUUGUCAGUGAUGAAAUAAUUUGGCCAGAAGGAGACGAUAUGUUACCAUUUGAUGCCCAGGAUCUGAUCACCCGCUUGCUCAGACAGACUCCUUUAGAGCGACUUGGAACUGGCGGAGCCCCAGAAGUCAAACAGCACACAUUCUUCCUGGGUUUGGACUGGAAUGGACUCCUGAGGCAGAAAGCUGAAUUCAUCCCUCAGCUGGAGGCGGAGGACGACACCAGCUACUUUGACACUCGUUCAGAGCGUUACCAUCAUUUGGCGUCUGACGAAGAUGAGGAAACCAAUGAUGAAGAGUCUUCCUUGGAAAUCAGACAGUUUUCUUCCUGGUCCCAUCGCUUCAGCAAGGUUUACAGCAGCACAGAACAUCUGGCAACACCGUCCAACUUGAGCUUCUCCUCUGACCGCAGCCACAGUGAGGAGAAGGAGGACCGUGGGGACAUUGGACGGGUGAGUGCCUACCUGAGCCCAGAAAAUGGCAGCGUGGAGCGCAGACAUGCAGGACACAUGGCCAGCCUUCGCCCUCGGGCUUCCUCCAGCUCCUCCCAGUCUGAGAGGAGCACCAGUCCUCUGGUGAUAAGCAGCACCCACAGCCUGGAGACAAUGCCCCGCUUUGCCCUCUCCACUGAUGAUGAAGCUGAGGUGGUUGUGUCAAACCUUCGGAGGAUCAGGAUUCGCAGCAACAGCACUGGGGCCAAACACUCGUCCCCCAAGGACCCAACCGGCCCUCGACGCUUCGGUAACCAGCUGGAGACACCGGACAGACAGAGGCUUCCUUGUGGUGGGAAGGUUCCCAAAUCAGCCUCCAUCUCAGCCUUGUCUCUCAUCAUCACUACAGAUGACUUGCCUGGUGGCCUUCAGCCUAGUCCCAUCUCCCCACGCUCUCUGUCCUCCAACCCGUCGUCUCGUGACUCCUCCCCCAGCCGGGACCUGUCACUCAGCCCUUGCAGCCUGAGGCCUCCCAUUGUCAUCCACACAUCAGGGAAGAAGUACGGCUUCACACUCCAGGCCAUCCGGGUCUACAUGGGCGACAGCGAUGUCUACACGGUGCAUCACAUGGUGUCGAGUGUGGAGGAGGGCAGCCCAGCUCACCAGGCAGGUCUCCGCACUGGAGACCUCAUCACCCAUGUGAACGGAGAGUCUGUCCAUGGCCUGGUCCACCCUGAGAUGAUAGAACUGCUCCUGAAGAGUGGCAGCAAGGUGGCACUUCAGACCAUAGCACUUGAGAACACGUCAAUCAAAGUGGGUCCAGCUCGAAGGACCAAACACAAAGGCAAGAUGGCUCGUCGCAGCAAGAAGAGCAAGAGGAGAGAUAAUUACGACAGGCGACGAAGCAUCUUGAAGAAGCUGUCCAAGCAGAGCACAGUGAUGCACAGCAGUCGCAGCUUCAACUCAGGCCUCCACCACUCGGUUUCCUCCAGCGAGAGUCUUCCAGGCUCCCCGACACACAGCCUUUCCCCUGGCCCUUCCACACCCUGUCGAAGCCCCGCACCCGACCAUCAGGCUUUUGACAAUAACUCUCCUCAGAGCACGUCUCCUUGUUCCAGCUCUCCCAGUUCCCCCGCUGCACACAUCCGGCCCAGCUCUCUCCACGGCUUAGGCUCCAAACUCAGCACGCAGCGCUACACCAAGGUGGGUCGCCGCAAGUCAACCAGCAACAUCCCCCCCUCGCCCCUGGCCUGCAACUCAUCCUCCACCCAGCCUCUUUCUCCGCAGCGCUCUCCCUCUCCACUGUCGAGCUUUGCCAAAACCCUCCACGGCUACCACGGCAAAACCCUGUCCCCACCUACCAUCGUGAGACACAUUGUCCGACCCCGCAGUGCCGAGCCACCUCGGUCUCCUCUUCUUAAGAGGGUACAGUCAGCUGAGAAGCUGUCUGGUGUGUAUCAUGCGGAUAAGAAGUUGUACACCUCUCGCAGGCACACGCUGGAAGUGCCGUUUUACUGUGAGGGGGACCUGCUGGGUGACUCUGAGGCAGAGGGCUUCUGUGGAGGCUCCUACAUCGGAGCCGAUCUCAGCAGGCUGGGGGGAUACAUCGGCAGUCAGAGGUUGAGGGACUCUGGGCUUGAACGAUCUGAGCAGCUGGUCGUGAUGCGAAAGCUCAACCUAUCAGAGCGGCGAGACUCCUUUAAGAAACAGGAGGCCGUGCAGGAGGUGAGCUUUGACGAGCCGGAGGAGAAAACCAGCACCACGGUUACAGUGACCCCCACAGCUCCAGGAGCCCAAACACAAUAUCAGCAGCAGCACAGGACAAACUGGAUGGUCACUCAACCCCAGACCAGCGUGGAGGUGGAGCUGGAAGUGCCGCUGGUGAGGAGGGUCACACUGGUGCCCCAGAUUGCUGUGCAGGGCUCAACAGAGAGCGAGCAGGAUGAGUGGGAGCCGUGUUCAGAUGGAGAGGAAACCAACGAAGCACCAGGGCUGGAGGUGGGCAUCACUUCAUCUCAACCACAACAGGCAGGACUUCCUGUUGACCACAGCUGCAAGCUGGCAGCAGGAACCACCUCCACUGGUCCUCAGGUUGGCCCCUCAACAGAGGAGACUGAGUACAGAGAGGAAACUCAACAAAAAGGGCAUCUGAGAAAGUGACAACUCGCCAAUGCACUCAUUUCAACUGCUCAUAUCUUUUCUUUCAAGUCUUUCAGAAGUUGUAAACUCAUUUGCAAACUCUGGCUGAUAAAAGUAGGAGAAGAUUUUACUUGAAUUUUUUAUUUGUAAAUAUUUGCCUCAAGGCAUUGCAGACAUUCUGGUCUUAUUUAUUACUUUUGGUCAACUAUAAUGAGUUAGUAUUGGGGCAAGAGGGAAGUUCUCAUUGGUGAAUAGCCAAGGCUUAGCAUUUUUCUAUCCCUAAAAUGUGGUUUUAUGUCUUUUUGACUGGACAGUUUUUGUAUAAAUGUCUAUUUUUUGAAUAAAUUGUCACGGUACAUAUUAUUUUGAUAAUGCUGGGCGUAACUGUUGUAGGACCAAAAGGUACAACAAUUUUUUUUUAUUUUUUUUUUUUUUUUUUUUUAUAAAACUGUCAGUUUGGAUCUGAACAGUGCAGUGUCCAAUGGUGUAAUACUGCUAUUAUAUUGAUCUCCAUGAAUUUAAGAAUUACCUUUUGGUUCACACUGUAAGGAACAUGGUUGAGCCUCGUCUUUUUUUGAUCAAUUGUCAGUAUAAUACGCUUUUUUAUUUUAUUUUUUUGGUCAAUGCUACCAAGCACUAAUUGGCAUGCAGGAAAAAAACUGCUACGACACAACUAUUGUUCAUGAAAGACUCAUUGGUGGGGAAAGAAUCGGCACUGAAUUAUGGUUGUCGGACGGACGUAAAAUGGAUUUGCUAUCUGUGUUACUUCGUCAAAUUUGUAAAAAUAAAUGAAGUUCUUACAUUCACUGGUUGAACAUGUUCCCUGCAGUGUGGAAUCGGUCAGUGCAGAGUAAUAUUUUACACUGAAAGUACAAUCUGUUAUGGAGACGAGAUAAAGCUGACUCAAAAAGGGCAUUUUGUGCCAUGAAUCUGAUAUCAGUGCAAUGUCCUCAACGCCAUAUCCUUGAAGGCAGAACUGUCAGUUGAAAUGUGUAAUCUCAACUCAAGCAGACGUUUCUUAAGUGUGCGUUUUUUACCCCCACUGGUAUCGCAAUGUUAACAUCUUUUGAGAAUUUUGGUUGGGGAUGAAGUCCUGGAUGUUACCGAUUAUGUCACUCUGCUUUAUUCAAUAUGAACUUAGUGUGAUUUCAUAUCAUAGGAGUAUCUCAAAUGUAGUGUUUUCUUUUCUGCCCACUUUUUGACAUCUGACGACACACAUUCAGCAUGACUCUACAUGUCUCUGUUAGCUUGUUCUACUCAACGCAUGCAAUUUGCAGGUCAAACAUUGAGCACACAAAUCAAAGUCUGUCUUCUUCAGAGCCGGGAGGGAAAUAUAUU